AUGGUGACUCUAUCGCGCGUGACUAAGAAGGGGCGCGAGCAGAAGGAGUCGCUAGUGGAGGCGGUGCGAGCAGCGGUGGAGGAGUAUUCCGACGUCUAUGUCUUUGAGUUCGACAACAUGCGCAACACCAAACUCAAGGAGCUCAGAGACGAGCUAAAGGGUGCUUGCCGGUUCUUCCUGGGGGCGAACAAGGUGCUGCAGGUGGCGCUGGGGAGGGACAAGGCCACGGAGCAGAGGGAGGGUUUGCACCGGUGCAGUGAGCUAAUAGAAGGGCACCGAGGGCUGCUCUUCACGUCGCUUCCCAAGGAGCAGGUGGAGAAGCGAUUAAACGAACUAGCGGAACCAGAUUUUGCGCGCACGGGCAGCAUCGCCACGAGCACGGUGGAGCUCCCAGAGGGGCCAUUAACCCAGUUCAGUCAUGACAUGGAGCCGUUCCUCAGGAAGCAGGGCAUGCCCGUGCGGCUCAACAGGGGUGUGCAGCUCCCAGAGGGACCACUCACCCAGUUUAGUCAUGACAUGGAGCGGUUCCUCAGGAAGCAAGGCAUGCCCGUGCGGCUUAAUAGAGGUAUGGUGCAGUGCGGUAGGGUGCGGUGCCAUUGGGCACCCAGAGGGGCCGCUAACCCAGUUCAGCCAUGUCUUGGAGCCGUUCCUCAGGAAGCAGGGCAUGCCCGUGCGCCUUAA